UUUAAAUUAGUAUUUGAUUCAGAAGUACGGAGUGUAUUUAUGCGGCGGACAUCUGCGGAAGUCUUAACUCACUAAUAACAGUCAGAGCUGGGUUGGGGGAAUUGAUACGGCCAAAUCGCAGCCAGAAACGCAGUCAAUAUUAAAUGAGGCCAGAGUGACGAAUGACGUUGACUACGGGAGCAGAUUCGAUAUCCUGCUGUGAGCAAAACCGAGUGUUGUGUGUGUUUGCGAUAUGUUUUGUUGUUCCCUAGUGCUAUUUAGUUAAAUAUUUAUAUCUAGUGCCUUGUUAUCAUAAUCCCAACUCGGUUUUUUUUCCUCUUUUAUGUAUUUUAUCUUCCCCGGCUCCAACUCGUCCUGCUGAAAAAAUACAUCGAACAAACGACGAAACACCCCUCAAUUGAUCUCACCAACUGUCCCCACCUCAAUUGAGUCAUAUACAUGCCCCUCUAGCAAUCUACCAACCCAGGGAGCCCGGCCGCCGUCCGUCGAGCUGCCAUGCAAGCUCGCCCAACUCUCCUCACGCCCUAUGGGCUGCUCCUCCGCACAGCUCAUCCCGCCCGCUCCCCAGCCGCAGCACGAGCAGCAAAAGCUCUGAUAUGCUCGCAAUGCCUCAUAUACAGCUGCCUCCCCAGCGCCAACUCGCGCUCAUCCCCCAAGCUCCCCUACAACACCCGCAGCUACCACCCUUCCCGCCGAAAAAACCAGUCAGCCCUCGGCUCCGCCGUCUCCGCCGCUCAGAACCUGUUCUCGAAGGAUAGCCCUCCCCCCCCUCCUCCGCCAUUACCACAAUCACCGUCACCCCCUUCCUCCUCGACUUCACCACGCUCACGGGGAACAUCCCCCCGCGCCCCGGGCACGCCCGGCGGCGUCCCCAUAACCAUCGACCCGCUUCGCAUCGUCGCCAAAGAACUUAAAUUCAUGAAAAAGAACAUCCGCCAGCUCCUCGGUUCCGGUCACCCGCUCCUCGACCGUGUCGCAAAAUACUACACAUCAAGCGAAGGCAAGCACGUACGGCCCCUCUUGGUCCUGCUCAUGUCGCAGGCGACCGCCCACGCGCCCAAGACCGCCCGCCAGGUCCCCUUCGUUAGUGCCGCCGGUAUCAACGAUGCCAUUACAUCCCCCGCCAUACUGGCCGAUACGAACCCGGAUCAGAGCGCAUUACUCUCCUCCACCUCCCCGUCGUCAAGCGAGGCGGCCUACAAUGGGUUGGCAGGCAACGUUGACGCCGACUGCGACGCCGACGGCGGGAAUACUACAGACAUCCUCCCCGCCCAACGGCGGCUGGCAGAGAUUACAGAACUAAUCCACACCGCCUCCCUGCUACACGACGACGUGAUCGACAACGCCGUCACCCGGCGCUCCGCCGUGUCCGCGAACCUGGAAUUCGGGAACAAAAUGGCCGUGCUGGCCGGUGAUUUUCUCCUGGGCCGUGCGUCGGUUGCGCUCGCCCGCCUGCGCGACCCGGAGGUCAUCGAGCUGCUGUCCACGGUCAUCGCGAACCUGAUCGAGGGCGAGUUCAUGCAACUGAAGAACACGGAGCGCGACGAGCUGAACCCGUCCUUCACCGAGCAGACGAUCACAUACUACCUACAAAAGACGUACCUAAAGUCCGCGAGCCUGAUCAGCAAGUCGUGCCGGGCGGCGGCGCUAUUGGGCCAUUCGUCACCGCAGAUCGUGGAGGCGGCGUACUCGUAUGGGCGCAAUCUGGGCCUAGCGUUCCAGCUUGUGGAUGACAUGUUGGAUUAUACGAUUAGCGGGGAGGAGUUGGGCAAGCCUGCUGGUGCGGAUUUGGAGCUGGGGCUGGCGACGGCGCCCUUGCUUUUUGCCUGGAGGGGGAAUCCGGAGUUGGGCGCGCUGGUGGGGAGGAAGUUUAGUGGGGAGGGUGAUGUGCAGCUGGCCCGCCAAAUCGUUGCCCAAUCCGACGGCCUUGAGCAAACCCGCGCCCUCGCGCAGGAAUACACAGAUAAGGCCAUCGAGGCCAUCAGCAUCCUCCCUGACACCGAGGCGAAGGCGGGCUUGGUUGAGAUGUGUGUGAAGCUCACUAAGAGGAGAAAGUGAAAGUGCAAGGGAAAAAAAAAAAAAAAAAAAAAAAAAAAAAAAAAAAAAAAAUGAUUGAAAAAAAUGAAAUGAAAAAAAAGAAGGAAGAAAAAAGAAGUGAGCCAACCCAAAGCGGACGGUGUUUAACGGCGGGAAAUGUGAUCGUAUGUGGGCAUAUAUUCUGUGUAUUUGUAUUCUUGCGGGCGUGUGUACGAAUAGAGCUUGAGUUAGAGAAAAGAAGAAAGAAAGAACAAAGCAUGUCGCUCGGGGUCGCGGGUUGUGGUGGUGGUUUAUUAGAGUCUCUAUUACUUUUCCUCUUUUUUCUUAAUCAUUGUUAUAUUACUAUUAUUACUCCUACUAUUAUUAUCAUCAUAUAUAUAUAUAUAUACAUAUAUGUAUUGUACUGAGCAAUCCGUGAACUUUCCUUCCCCUCAUGCUUUUACGUCCAGUCCCGAUUC